CCCAGCGUGAAGAGGGACCGUCAGCGCUGCAAGAAGUUCCUGGACGAAUCCAACCUCACAAUCUGGGCGACACGGAACUGACAGAACCUGCUCGACAGAAUUUCGCCAAAACACCGCCGAGAACUUGCUUUGCUUUGACUCUUGAAGCUUUUUUUCGGUGCCACGUGAAAGGAGACGGGUAUUUCCAUUCCGUUGAAGGUUUCGCCCGCCCGCCAUGUCCUCUCAGGAACUAUCAACAACCCCACCGUUGAACUCUGGAGGAUUACCAACCACCGGGGCAAAAGAGUCCCUGAGGCCUCCGGCGUGCAAAUACAGAGAUCGCUCCCCUUCGCCCAUACGAGGCUUCAAUAUCCCCAGCCCCAUGCCCACUCGCAGGAACAGGACCUGCUCAGCGACAGCUCGCGCAUCAGAGGGUCCGGUCUUUGCUGGUGUCUGCAAAUGGUUUUCCCGCUCCAAAGGCCACGGCUUCAUCACACCCGCCGACGGGGGCAGCGAAAUCUUUGUCCACAUUUCAGACAUCGAGGGCGAGUACGUGCCAGUGGAAGGCGACGAGGUGAUCUACAAGGUGUGCGCCGCCCCUCCAAAAUUCGAGAAGGUCCAAGCGGUGGAGGUGACCAUCACCCACCUCAAGCCAGGAACCAAACACGAGACCUGGACUGGAAACGUCGUGGACAGCUGAAGGCUGCGUCAACGAGUACCGGAUGACGGCGUUAAGAGGCUGAAGCGCAAUUAGUGUCAAUUACAAGGGAAUUAUUGCUCUCCUCUCUUUGAAAGGUCGUCUUUUACCCGCAGGCAAAUGGACGACUGUAUUGCGCUCGGAAACAAAAACGUUGGUUUUGACGGGUAUAUGAAUAAGAGUUGCAGGGGUCAAAAGGCUUCAACUAUUUCAUGUCACACUUCUAUUUUGGACACUGGGGGAAGUGUUACCUCGCGCUUCAUUAUUUGAUUGCAGUUGAUCAAGUUUUCCAAGGUUCAUUAAAAGUCACAACUGAAAUCUCGUGGCAAUCAAUUUUGUAUUCAGAUCAGAAUUUCUGGUCCGGAGCCACAAGUUUUUUUUUUGUUUUUUUUUUUUUUAACCAGGUCAACACUGUGCCCUAUUUCUGCCAUCAGAACAUAAACUACUUCUUGUGCCUAUGAUACAUUGCUUGUAUUUGAUCAUAUGUGCUUGGAUAUAUUGAGUCUAUUAAAGAGUUGUCAGCA